CAGUUCCGAUUUCCGAUUAUUGACACGAUUUUCUAUUCUGUAGUAACUAAAUCUUAAUCUGUGAACCAAUCAGAAAAAUUUUGCCAUCAGCCGUGUGUGAUAGAAAGUUCUUCUGUGGUUAAUUUUUUAACAUUUAUUUCAUAAUUGUUGAGGAAUUUAAAAAUUAUUAUAAAACUAAAUUAAAUAAAUCAGACACUAUAACAUUAUAGUGACACUUUAAGUUAGUUAACUUUUUGUUUUCGAUACAUAAAUUUUAAGUUAAAUAUUUAAUUUUCUACAUUUCAAAGUGUAAUAUUCUGAUCAAAGAUCACUAUGGCCGCCUUAAAGAACGCUCAAAGCAUCAGGACAUUAAAUAUUUUAUUAAGAAGAAAUUUACCCCAAAUAAGUUGCACAAGAAAUUUAAAUCUUCAAGAAUAUCACAGCAAAGACUUGUUAAGAAAACAUCAAGUAUCUAUACAGAAUUUCCGCUUGUUAGAUUCCAAUUUGGAUCCGAAAUCUUUAUCGGAUUUUAAAGCAAAUGAAUAUGUUGUAAAGGCACAAAUUCUAGCAGGUGGUCGUGGAAAAGGGCACUUCGAUAAUGGAUUCAAAGGUGGUGUUCAUUUGACUAAAGAUCCCAAUGAAAUAAUGGACCUAGCAAAGAAUAUGAUAGGUCAUAAACUAAUAACUAAACAAACUCCUAAAGAUGGCAUAUUAGUAGAUAAAGUAAUGGUAGCUGAAAGUGUAAAUAUUAAAAGAGAGACUUAUUUAAGUAUUAUUAUGGAAAGAAGUUACAAUGGUGCUGCCUUAGUUGCUUCUCCUGCUGGAGGAAUGGAUAUUGAAACUGUUGCUGAAAAAACUCCACAUUUAUUGAAAACAUUACCAAUCGAUAUUCAUCAAGGAGUAACUGACAAAAUGGCCACAGAAAUUGCUGAAUUCUUAGAAUUUAAAGGUGCAAUGGCAAAAAAAUGUGCAGAAGAAAUAAAAAAAUUAUGGGAGCUAUUUUUAAGUGUAGAUGCAACACAGUUAGAAAUUAACCCUCUUGUAGAGACUGAUGAUGGCCGUGUAGUUGCAGUUGAUGCUAAAAUAAAUUUUGAUGACAAUGCUCAAUUUAGGCAGAAAGACAUUUUUGCUCUGGAUGAUGUAUCGGGUGUUGAUCCAAGAGAAAGAGAAGCAUCAGCAUUGAACUUGACCUAUAUUGAUAUGGAUGGAAGUAUUGGUUGCAUGGUUAAUGGAGCUGGCUUGGCUAUGGCUACAAUGGACCUUAUCAUGCUAAGUGGAGGAAGACCGGCAAAUUUCUUAGACCUUGGAGGUGGCGUAGGCCAAUCACAGGUUUCAGCCGCAUUAAGAAUAUUGGAAUCAGAUCCGAAAGUGAAGGCAAUAUUUGUCAAUGUAUUUGCUGGCAUUGUAAAUUGUGCAACUGUGGCAAAUGGAAUUGUUGCAGCAUGCAAGGAAAAUCCACCUAAACACCCUCUUGUUAUCAGACUUGAAGGUACUAACUCAGUUCAAGCAAAAACAAUUCUUGAACAGUCUGGUCUCAAGUUUCAUAUAAUUAAUGAUGCAGACGAAGCCGCCAAAGCUGCUGUUAAGUUAGCUGAGGGAAAUAAUUAGAAAAUACAUGACAAUAGUUGAAGUAAAUGAUGAUUAUUUUAAUCACUAUAUAUUAUGUAAGCACAAAGUUUAUAUAAGUGUACAAAUCCUUUAAUUUUAUUUGACCGAAUUAUUUUAUGUGCAAGUUAUUGUAUAUUCAAAAACUUUUAAACGAGACU